GUGGGGUUGGGGUUGUACUGGGCUGGGAUCUAGUCUUAGAAUUAUUGAGGUUAGGCUCCUGACAGGCCUUCCUGAUAACUGUGUAAUGAUGAUGAUAAUAGUAAUAAUAAGAAAUGUAUUGUGUUCAUUAUGUGCCAGGCAAUGUAUUAAAAUAUUCUAAAUGCAUUAUUUUUUAGUACUUGCAAUACUCGUAUAGGGUAGAUACUAUUAUUAUACCCAUUUUGCCGAUGGGGAAACUAAAAUUCAAGGAGGUUGAGUGACUUGCCUAAGGCCACACAGCUUGGAAGCAACAGAGCUGGGAUCAGAGCUAGAGCCUAACAGGCUCCAGAGCCCUUCUCUUAACCACUAGUGUUCCCUCUCCCUUGAUAGGACCUGGAAUUUCCUUAAAUCUCCUUCACUGAAAGAAACUCUUUUUCUCUCCUUUCCCCAAGCUCUGAGUCCUGUUUCCUCCAUAGAUAGGCCCUUAUCUGAGAACAGAGAUCGUGCCUCCCCCAUCAGAUUGGGAGCAUCCUCUCCUCUUGAGCUAGAUUCAUGAUGGAGGUGGGGUGGGGAGCAUGCAGUGAACAUAGGGUGAGCAAUAAGAGGCCUGAGGUGAGGGACAUGCGGGGAAGAGAGUAAAAGUGGAGGUAUAGAGAGUGCAGAGGAGGGAGCUGGGGGAGCCCAGGGGAUUUGCAAUCCAGGCCACAAAAUCCUGUCCGGAACCAGGUCUGUCCGGGCAGAUGGCCCAGGAGCUCAGCGAGAAGGAGCUACUGAGGAUGGAAGUGGAGCAGCUGAAGAAGGAAGCGAGGAACCCAAGGGCUCCGAUUUCCAAGACAGGAAGGGAAAUCAAGGGUUAUGUGGAGGCCCACGCAGGGAACGACCCUCUUCUCAAAGGCAUCUCUGAGGACAAGAACCCCUUCAAGGAGAAAGGCACUUGUAUGAUAAACUGAUGGCACCAGAGCCC